AGACGGAAAAUAUAUAGUUAAAAGCCGUAACAUAAUGAAUGUGAUACAAUCGAACAUCUCCACCACAAUAAGAAGUUUCAACAUUUCCGAUGAUAUCCGAAUAGAGGUGAAAAAGUUCCGUACCAAUGCGAGCAUCGACGAGGUGGACAUAGAAGACGACGAGGAUGAUAUUUCCGUUAUACAGAAAAUUCACAAAACCUUUGCUGAUCCGCACAGCACCACGUUCGAUCCGGUCACGUUGAAAUCGAUCAUUGCCCGGCUGGACGAGAUUGAAAAGAAGCUGGAAAAUGUGGUGUACAUGAACCAGCAGGCGGACGCACUCGAAGCCGCCGCACGGCAAACCGGGAUCGUUAAUAUACCUUCCACCGGGGGUGUGAUUGUAGGCAGUACGGGUGAUGAAGGAUUGGAGCUUAAGCUGGAGCUUGAUUCGGAUAGUGAGCUGAUUGGGGAAUUUAUCGAACAGGACGAGCUGAAGCUGGUUGAGUUCCCGAUCAAUCGAAUCGAGGAACUAAAAGAGCUAGAGGAAUCCAUCACAACGGAUCAGGAGUCAUUUGUUUCGCUGGUAAAUUUCAUUGGUGGGACUGUGCAAAAGUAUAACCGAAAUUUGGAAUUGGUGCUGAAGGACUUUAUCACGGAAGCACUAAUCAACGAGCUUGGCUACAGUACCACGAAGGAAUCGAUGCUUUCGUUCUACAUCUUUAAUCAGCUGCUUUACGAUAUCUGGAAAAAUGAGUACUCGACCAUCAACGACUACAAUAACAAGCUGAAGAACAUCGUAAUUAAAACACAAAAUAGAUUUUUACGUAUGAGCAAAGCUAAGAAAUAAAAUGAAACUCUGCAUUCUUUCGC